AUGUCCAAGCAGGAAAGCCCCCAGUCGCCGGCGGCACAUCUGUCUGUCAUGCUGUUCGAGCAAGCGGUCACAAACAUACUUAUCGUGACGCUGGUCGUGGGCUUGAUCACCGUCCUCUUCUCCCGCUCGAACGAGCGACGGAAGCCGCCCGGCCCACCAGGUUGGCCUAUCAUAGGCAAUGUACUAGAUCUUGGACCGCGGAAAUGGCUUGCGUUCGCGAAAUGGGGUGAAACUUACGGUGGUAUAAUCUACCUCUCGAUCCCGAUUCUCAAUGUGCACAUAGUCGUUUUGAACACUCUCAAAGUGGCCACAGACCUUCUCGAACGUCGUGCCCACAUCUAUUCGGACCGGCCUAAUUGGAUCAUGGCUUCCGAGAUGCUUGCUGGAGGAUACUUUCUUCCACUCGCAUCUUACGGCGAUAGGUGGCGAAGAAUGCACAAGGUUGCACAUGAGUCUUUGCGCCGAGCAAACGUGAAUGUGGCCAAGGUCUAUCAAGCGCAGGAGUGCGCGGCGGUGGAACUAGCCUUAAGAGCAUUGACGGAACCGGAGAGGUGGAGCGACCACGCCCGAGACAUCAUCUCGAACACACUAUUCGAACACACAUAUGACCUUCCGGGUCAAAGCGAGGGCGCUGUACGAUUCAUGAAGUGUGUCUAUAGGUUCAUGCGCCGCACGAUAUCAUCCGCCUCCCUGGGGAAGUGGGCUGUGGACUUCUUUCCACUCCUCAGGUUUCUACCUGAGUGGUGUGCUACAUGGAAGACAUGGGCGGCUAAGCAUUACGGGCGUAGUGAUGCCGAAUUCAUCAAUAUGGCGAAUUUGCAUCUGAGAAGGCGGGUCAACGUGCAGACUCCGAUUUCAUCGUUCACCACUCGGUUAGAGAACGACGAGAUCUCAGCGCGAAUCUCGAGGGGUCUUUCCACGCGAGAGGCGGCGUGGCUGUCUGCUUCCAUAUACGCGGCGGGUUCCGAGACGACGUCAACAGCGCUGGUCUGGUGGCAGAUCGCGAUGGCUCUACAUCCCACGGCUCAGAUGCGAGCGCAAGAGGAACUCGACGCUGUGGUAGGGCGCGCUCGACCGCCUAGACUUACGGAUAUCAAACACUUGCCAUACACGCAAGCCGUUGUGCGCGAGAGCAUGCGAUGGUCACCAGGUGGGCCUAUCGCGAUCCCUCAUUGUGCAUUGGAGGACGAUGAAUACGAGGGCUUUCACAUACCGAAAGGCUCCAUUGUGAUACCAAAUGUCUGGUCUUUGAAUCGGGACCCUGCUGUAUUCGGCGGAGACGCCCACACUUUCAGACCGGAGCGUCAUCUGGACUCGACUGGCUAUUUCUUCAGAUCGAGCGAAGGCACUCACGGCGAGGGACACUCCGCAUAUGGAUUUGGCAGACGGAUUUGCGUGGGGAGGCAUUGGGCAAACAAUGCCUUGUUCAUCAUCGCAGCGACAAGCCUGUGGGCGAUGUCUUUCGAGCCAGUAAAGGGCCGAGAGCCUGGCUUGGACGAUGUUGUAGAGGAAGGAAAUAUUGUGUCUCCCGCACCUGGGUACGCCAUAGUUAUAAGACCACGCUUUGCAGAGGCGCAGUGGCUUCUCGCUUUGGAGCGAGAGAAUGAGGAGGCGUGCUGA